CGCCCCUAACCCUGAUAUAAUCUCCUGAAGCACUCUAAUAACCAACCCUAUCAUUUUUUAAUUUCUGUUUCCGUUUUAGCUGCUCAUCUUCUCCUCUCUUUCUCUGCUCCUCUUCUUGUGACUUUCUCUGCUCCCGGCACUUCAUUUUCUCUUCACUUCAGAGAUGGCCUUCCCUGUCUCUGCCAUUGGAUUUGAGGGCUAUGAAAAGAGGCUGGAGAUCUCUUUCUUCAAGCCAUUCAUCUUUGCUGAUCCCCAAGGGAAGGGCCUCCGUUUGCUCUCCAAAUGUCAAAUUGAUGAGAUACUGAAACCUGCCGAGUGCACGAUAGUGUCAUCCCUGUCAAACGAUCACGUAGACUCAUAUGUCCUCUCCGAGUCUAGCCUCUUUGUUUAUCCCUACAAAAUCAUAAUCAAAACAUGCGGCACCACAAAGCUGCUGCUCUCAAUUCCACCAAUCCUCAAUCUGUCUAAAUCUCUGUCCCUCUCUGUAAAAGCUGUUACAUACACUCGCGGAAGCUUCAUAUUUCCGGGGGCUCAGCCAUUUCCUCACCGCAACUUCUCAGAGGAGGUGACCAUCCUCAAUGACCACUUUGGCAACCUCGGCUCUGGUGGCAAGGCCUAUGUGAUGAGCAGUCUUGUUGAAUCCCAGCAGUGGCACAUUUAUUCUGCUUGCGCAGCAUCAGCGGCCGAAGAUGGUGGCCCGCUUUGCACUCUGGAAAUGUGCAUGACUGGUCUGGAUACGAAGCUGGCCUCUGUAUUCUACAAGACGAAAACAAGCUCAGCAGCAGAGAUGACUACAGCCUCAGGCAUACGGAAGAUUCUGCCCGGUUCUGAUAUAUGUGAUUUUGAGUUUGACCCAUGUGGCUACUCCAUGAACAGCAUUGAGGGAGUUGCGAUCUCAACCAUCCAUGUUACGCCAGAAGAUGGCUUUAGCUAUGCAAGCUUUGAAGCAGCGGGUUGCAAUGCGAAGGAGGUCAAUCUGGGCCAAUUGGUUGAGAGGGUGCUGGCCUGUUUCCAACCGGCAGAGUUUUCUAUUGCUAUACAUGCGGUAGGAGGCGAGGAGAUGGGAUGGGUGGGAGAAGAGCUGGAUGACGUGACAGGGUACGUGUGCGGGAAGAGGAGCAUGCAGGAGCUUGGAGAAGGGGCUUGCGUGGUCUACCAGAGUUACAAGGCUGGCGGAUGCGGGUCCCCAAGAUCCAUCCUCAAAUGCUGGAAAGAAGAGGAAGAAGAAGAAUAAGUCUAGCAGCAGCAGUUUAAAUCUAAUUAGUAGUAGUAGUAGUAUAGAUAUGAAUAAGAAGUUACUGUACUGGUGGAGUGUUAUGUGCUUUGGGAGUCAUUUGGAUGAAUAGAUUUUUAUUUUCCUGUCAA